AUGCAAAGAACUUAUUAUGAAAUCCUCGGAGUAGAAUAUUCCAGUAGUGAAGUUGAUAUCAAGAAGGCAUAUCGUUCAAAACUAUUAAAUACCCAUCCAGACAAAAUAGAUAAUGUAGAUGCACAACAUGAAAUACCAUUAUUGAAAGAAGCUUAUACUACAUUGAUUGAUCCAGAGUUAAGAAGAAAGUAUAACGAAUCAUUAAAAACAGGUUCUUUAUUAAAAGGAUACAAUAUAAACGGGGGAGGUCUAGAUUUAUAUAAUCUUGAAGAUUUUGAAUUUGAUGAAGAAACAAUCAAAUGGACCAAAGAUUGUCCAAGAUGUCAUUUCCCCAAUGGUAUCAGUCUUGAAGAAUCUGAUCUUGAGGAGAAUGGAACCAAAGAUAAUGAAGGGGGAUAUGAUAUUAUAGUACAAUGUAAUAGUUGUAGUUUAUGGAUUCAAGUUAAAUAUUAUGAUGCAGAUGAAGAUGUCAAUGAUUAA